GUGCGAUAUUUCAGUGUGCGGUGAUCAGUGCCACAUCAGGAGCAAAAGUUUCUUGGUACCGUUCCCAAAUUCUUAAAAAAAAAGAUCAACUAGAAUGUGGAAAAACAUCUUCCUGUUGCUCGCAGUCCUAGGGACAACACUCGGAGCAUCUAUACACCCUUGUUCUAAUGAAUCGUGCCCAGAAGAACAGCUACAAACAACCUCUUUCGAAUUUUUGAGCAAAUUCACACAGAAGCAAUUCAGCUCGAUAGUCAACUUAACUAUAGUGAAUGCUUCAGUAAACAAAGUUGACCCUAAACUGAAGUAUUUGAAGAAUUUGAUUCACCUAGACCUAUCCUACAACAAUGUCGACAUCACUUCAAUUCCUAAAUUGUACAACCUGAAAACGCUCAUUCUCAAAGCGAACAGCUUGAAGAAUAUCAACAUGACUGCCUUACCUCCGAAUAUAGAGGUUCUAGACAUAUCUCACAAUUUGCUCACACAAAUACCAAAAGACUGGAUAUCCCUGAAAGCACUGAAGACUCUACAUUUGUACAAGAACCCAAUAGACUGUGAUUGCAAUAAUGGCAAUGUUUUGAAUUACGAGCGACUGAUAUUGAGUGGCGUAAAAGUACCAAGAGCUGUUACCUGUUAUUCGCCUAAUAAGUUCCAAGGAAAAGACGUCAGCAGCAUCAGCUGCUCUAUGGCCGAUAUAAUGCUUUACGACGAACCAGUGGAAGGUUCGGGAAGUUCUGACAUCUUCAACAUAGAAGGAGGGACGAACAUACCUCUGGUACAAGAAGAAGAUGACGAAAAUGUGAUAGAAGGAAACACUAUCGUUGAUGAUAAGAAAAAUGAGUUUUUGGAUGGCCCAACUACGACGAACCCUCAGUCGGAGAGUGCUUUCCUCGGAGAUGAAGGUAGUGGAGAUGAAGGUAGUGGGUUUGAAAUGCUUGGAUGCAUCGGAAGCUGUUCGACACCUGGACCUGUUGGUGCUAAUGAUAGUGAAUAUGAUUCACCGCUGCCUAGUGUGAUAGAUCAAUUCAAGAUCUUAUACAAUGAUUUAUUCAAAGAAGAGGAAAUCACUCAUCCCAUCAUUACGCCUACAACUACUUCUACUACAUCAUCUACAAGCGUCACUGCUACUUCUUCUACUAGUACUGUUGCCCCAAGUACAAAUCCGCCAAUUGUGGAACCAGAAAUAGUCAAGGAAACAGAAAGCAGGCUUGAGAAGGUUUCUGAUAAAGAAGAUGUGGAAAUGAUUUCGAAUAGCACCAACACAUCAGAGUUAGAAAGGGCGUCUAUUGCGCCCAAAGAUUCAACAGCUGUGUAUGCAAUCAUAGGAGUGGGAUUGUUCCUGGGUGUUUUGUUCUUGAUUGCUUUCCUCAAAAACCGCAAAUCCAAGAGAAGGCAAAAUAAGAACGAUAUCCCGAACACACAUGGUGAAGAAAUGAAGCCUUUGAACAAGAUGUCUAUCACAACUUUCAAUAACGAGAAACCAAAUAGGAAGUCAAAUAUUCCAGAAAAUGCCCCACUGAUCAAUGGUCAGAAUGGCAAAGCCAAAGUUGAUACCCCAAUGCUGACAUCUUUCACCCCCCUUGCUCAUCCUGAGUUGCCUCAAAACGGAAGGAGCGACGCAGAUGAGCAUGCCAAAGAAAACGGACACAUCAACGAUGAAGAUGAAGUCGAUAUUCGUCCUAAGACUCAACCCGAAUCGCUCACCCCUCAAAGAGAAAGGGUGACCAUAAGGGAGUCUGAAAUACCAGAUUCGAUCCCCAAGACACCUCUACUAAUCCAUCGGCAGAAGAAUAGUGAAGGUGAAAUAAUCAUGGUGGUUCCUUGAGAUGACUAUAGUGAUGUGUAUACAUACCUCAGUAUUUAUUACCUGUCAAUACAUUUGUGAUAAAAUAAUAACUUAUUUCGCGGUCGUUCCUAUAAUUUAAGAAACGUUUUUCAAACGAGUGCAAGUUCGUUUCCAGUCGACUGUUACAGACUUAUUAGGAAUACUUAUUUUUGUGUUUAUAUUAUUUAUAAUCGUUGCCAAAGUAAUUUCGCAUAUUGACACUACAAAUAUAAGUUUAGUGAAAAACUUGAUCGGUGUGACGGUAUGUACCGUAUAUAACGGAAGAUAUGGAUGUUUGAAUAAAUAAAUGUGAGAGGCG